AUGUUUAGUUAUUCUUUGCCGAAUUUACCUGAUUCUCUACAUUUUUCACACUAAUUAUUACUAACAUUAACAGCACCACCAUCAAAUUUGAACCCAGAAUAUUUUAGCUCUCUGAUGAGCCAGUAAGAGAAUUCUGUGAUAUUUUAAGGUAUGGACCUGUAGUUAAUGUAAAAAUUUUGAAUCGAUCAUUAAUGGAAUGUCGAGUGUUGGUGGAGAUGGCUAAUAUUGAAGCAGCAAAAAAUGCCAAAAAAGCAUUAGAUCAACUAUCAUCGAAUUUUAUCAAAUGUUCUUACUAUUAAGAUGAUAAACUAAUGCCACAUGGUUCAUUUACUAUAGGAUCAUAUGAAACUAUUGAAGAUACAACAUCAAGUACUUAUAAAAAUAGGCAUUCCACAUCUAUAAAUGAUAGUAUUAUAUAUAGUAAUAUAAAAAUUAGUAAUACAGGAUGGAGACUCUAAACCACAUAGCACAACUGUAUUGCCUAUAAGUUAGAAACUUAUUCCUUCUCAAAAAAACAUUUAAUCAACAAAAACUGUCUGCUUAAAUGGAAUUUUUGGAAAAGAAUUGGAUGCUCAUAAGUUAUACAAUAUAUUUAGCAAUUUCGGUAAUGUAGACAAAAUUAUAUUAAUAAAGUAAUAAUUUAUACAUAGAAUUAGUAUAAAAAAUUUUGCUUUAGUAAAGUACUUAAAAGAAGAUCAGGCAUAUUUCGUAUAUUAGAAUUGUCAGAAUUUAUAAUUUUUCGAAAGUUCUAUAACAAUCACAUUCGCUGCAGAUGAUUCAAUUGAAAAGUUAUUUGGUCUGGAUACUCUAUAUAGAGAAUAAGACUAUUAUGUUGGAUCUGAAGACACAGAUAGGUAUAUAUAAUUAAUAAUGGAAUAUAGGUUCAAUGCAAAUAAUAAAAUGAUAUUAUUGCCUCCUAGUCAAGUUCUUCAUAUCUCUAAUUUGAAAAAAGUUUCCUCCAAUGCUGAAACAAUGUGGGACAUAUUUUCUGAAUUCGGUGUUGUUGAAGUACUUUAUAAAAUAAUCAAUAGGCUGUUAAAGUUCUGAACUCAUAGUUUAAAUUUAUGUGUUUAAUCAAAAUGGAAACUCUUAAGCAAGCUUUGGAAGUAAUGGCACUAAUGCAUAAUGAAGAAGUGGAUGGAAGAAACAUUUAAAUUUCAUUCACAAAAGCCAAAAUCUGA